GAGGUGCCUUAUUGCUAUUAUGAACUGGUUACCAACGGAAUUAGAGUAGUAAAAAGAAAUGUUUUGUCAUACCCGUGGCAUACGGUCUGAUAUACCACAGCUGUCAGUUUAUAAUAAGAACUAUCUAGUCUCUGCUACUAUUACUUAAUUUCAGAUGUUAUAUUGCCACCUAGUGGUUUAUUGAAACAUGCAUGUACAUGUAUUAUUUACCCACAUUUCCAGCACUAAACCUACCUCUGUUUAAGUAAUCAUUCAAAGCAAUGUAAUACCAGCGUAUAUGUUUUCACCUAUUCAAUGAUGUUUGAUCAGAGAUUAUAUCAAUUCAAACGGGGCCCCCAGUCUUUUGCGGUACUCUGGAUCCUUUGAUUGAGUCUGGUGUUAAUUAUAUAGGGCAAGUUACUCCUUGCAUAUAUUUUUUCUAUUCUCUGCUUUGUAUUGUUUUUAGACCAAAUGACGACAGUCACACGUAAUCAGGUCCUGUCACUGUAUAUUAGGGUAUUUCGGAUCGCCUGGGGUGCAGUCCCACAAGACACUGUGAGCGACAGAAGGUACAUUGUCCAGGAGACCCAGACCCUCUUCAGACAGAACCAACAGUUGACAGAUCAGGAAUCAAUAAAGAAGUGCUUAGCAGAAUGUGAGGCAAGGAUAGAAAUUGGUCUUUAUUACAGGAAUCCCUAUCCAAGACCUAUCUACCUGCCUAUAAUGGGACUGGCAACCCAGAAAGGCGGUAAGCUGAAAGCAAAGCAACGCAUGAGGAAGCAGGCCAAGCCAGUUUACUUACAGUCACAUGAGGACAGCUGAUACUACAGCUGAUACUAGAUGAACUCUAUAUUCUUGUGAAGGGUUUAUGUUACCAAGGACAGGAGGAGAGUCACUGGCUGAUCUCAGGAGUUGAGUUGAAAAUCCAUCUUAUAUAUUGGCGGAAAAAGUCAUUUAUUUCCAUUGUUCAUCACGCAAAUCAAUGUUCAUCAAGCACAUUGCAUUGUAAAUUGCACUGUAGCAUUCAAUCCAUUACGUCUAUGCAACAGUAUACUGUACCAAGUAUAUUUAUGCAUGUGAUUCCUGACAAGAGCUGUUGUGGAUGUCAGCAUUGUCUGUCCUGUAAGAUGGGUAGCCAUUAAGAUUUAUGAUACUAUUUUGAAUAUAUUUAUAAUUUCAAUAAAUUGAGUUUUGAAAAGCA